CCCGCCCGGAGGCGGCCCCGCGGCCCCGGCUAGCCAGGGCGGGCGGCCACCGCUGCCCUACUCCUUCUCUCCGCGUUCCGGGCCUCGGAGCCACCGUGAGGAGGAUGAGUCCCUGGAGCUGGUUCCUGCUGCAGACCCUCUGCCUCCUGCCCACGGGCGCAGCUUCGCGGCGCGGGGCGCCGGGCGCCGCCAACUGCGAGCUCAAGCCCCAACAAAGUGAGUUGAAUUCCUUCUUGUGGACCAUUAAGCGAGACCCACCAUCUUACUUCUUUGGCACAAUCCAUGUCCCGUACACCCGAGUUUGGGACUUCAUCCCUGACAACUCUAAGGAGGCUUUCCUGCAGAGCAACACUGUGUACUUUGAGUUGGAUCUCACAGACCCCUAUACCAUCUCAGCUCUCACCAGCUGUCAGAUGCUGCCACAGGGCGAGAACCUCCAAGAUGUGCUCCCCAGGGACAUCUACUGCCGCCUCAAGCGCCACCUGGAGUAUGUCAAGCUCAUGAUGCCCUUGUGGAUGACCCCAGACCAGCGCGGCAAGGGGCUCUACGCAGACUACCUCUUCAAUGCCAUUGCCGGAAACUGGGAGCGCAAGAGGCCUGUCUGGGUGAUGCUCAUGGUCAACUCCCUGACUGAAGUGGACGUUAAGUCCCGUGGGGUGCCUGUCUUAGACCUAUUCCUUGCCCAGGAGGCUGAGCGGCUGAGGAAACAGACUGGGGCAGUGGAAAAGGUGGAAGAGCAGUGCCAUCCAUUGAAUGGGUUGAACUUUUCACAGGUCAUCUUUGCUUUGAACCAGACCCUCCUGCAGCAGGAGAGCCUGCGAGCGGGCAGUCUUAAGAUCCCCUACACGACGGAGGAUCUCAUCAAACACUAUAACUGCGGGGACCUCAGCUCCGUCAUCCUCAGCCAUGACAGCUCCCAGGUCCCCAAUUUUAUUAAUGCCACACUACUGCCUCAGGAGCGCAUCACUGCUCAGGAGAUUGACAGCUACUUACGCCGGGAGCUGAUCUACAAGCGGAAUGAGAGAAUAGGGAAGCGGGUGAAGGCCCUUUUGGAGGAGUUCCCUGACAAAGGCUUCUUCUUUGCCUUUGGAGCUGCUUCACAGUAGCCUUAAAAAUCAGGAGCCUUGAACUACAGUAGCUGUGAAAACCAUUUGCCUAAUGGUUACUGGAGGGGACAGAAUGGGUUCAAAGUUCCUUCAAAGCUCCAUCCUUAAAGAAUCAUCACUAUCUGACAUGUCCAAUAGUUCCCUGAAAUUUCCAUUCCCAAGCUUGUCUUCAUUUGGACCUGACUCAGAGCUUGCUCUGUGUGAAUAGCCCUAUUCUUAGGGUGUUUGUUGAAAACAAUCAGUGGCAGCUGUUUAACAUCAUAGUUGCUGGAAAUAGCAAUAUUAAUUGAAGCUUACAAGGGGCUGCCCAAAAAACUUAAAAGCAAAAUCCCAAAGGGAGUUUAGAAAAGCUCUAAAAUGUUCCUAGAAAGCCACAUGCAUGAGAAGGGCUGUGCACAUGCCCAGGAAAGACCUGAGAAGGUCCUAAUCUCUCACCUCUGGCUGAUCUUGAGGCUCUGUGUAAGCAGAGUGUGAAAGCUAAUGCAAGGUCAUAAAUUGCCUGCUGAAGCAUCAAAUACAUGCCCCCGAACUCACACAGCCCCUCUGCAAAGGUUGGGAAACUUGCAAGGAAUUUAAGGAAAUCUCUGUUCAGUCAUUAGCCAGCCACUAAGCUAACUGAGCAGAUCCUUCAGUGAUCACACACAACAAAGAAUACAGACUUUACAGACUUAGUCCUAGAAAAUCACUACACAAACAGCAACAACAAUGCACCUGGGAAGAGGGGAGAGGAGAUGAGUUCCAGAGUUGGUAUAUUAUUUAAAUGUCUAGUUUUCAAUAAAAACAAUUAUAAGACACAGAGCAAAACUAGAAAGUAUGGCCCAUACCCAGGGAAAAACAAGCAACCAAUAGAAGCUGUCUUUGAGGAAGUUAAUAUCUUGGACUUACUAGAAAACGACUUUAACACUAGUUAUUAUAAAUAUGUUCAAAAAACAAAAAGAGGCCGGGUGCAGAGGCUCACGCCUAUAAUCCCAGCACUUUGGGAGGCUGAAGCAGGUGGGUCACCUGAGGUCAGGAGUUCAAGACCAGCCUGACCAAUAUGGCAAAACCCUAUCUCUACUAAUAAUACAAAACUUAGCCAGGCAUUGUGGCGCACACCUGUAAUCCCAGCUACUUGGGAGGCUGAAGCAGGAGAAUUGCUUGAACCUGGGAGGCAGAGGUUGCAGUAAGCUGAGAUCAUGCCACUGUACUCCAGCCUGGGCCAUAAGAAUGAAACUCCAUCUCCCCCCACCAAAAAAAAAAACCCUAAAAUAAACCAUAUCUAAAGAAUUAAAGGAAAGUUUGAGAACAAUAUCUCACCAAUACAGAAUAUCAAUAAAAAUAUAAAAAUUAUUUUAAAAGAACCAAAUGGAAAUUCUGGAAUUGGAAGUGUAGGAACUGAAAUGAAAAAUUCACUAUAGGGGCUGAACAGUAGAUUUGAACUGGCAGAAGAAGAAUCAACAUACAUGAAGAUAGGUUGAUUGAGAUGAUUCAGUAUGAGAAA